AAAAGGCAAGCAGGAUAUUUAAAUUUAAUUCGAAAGAAAUGAGAAGGAAAUAAAAAAUAACAAAACGACCCGUUAAAAAUCGCCAACCUUCGCGUUUAAAGCCCAUCAAAAGCGUGGGACCCCCCUAUCUCUCGUGCUCCAUCACCUCAUCGUCACCGUCCAGCAUCAUUAGGAAAGAGAUCAUCCGUCACACCCUCCCACCUCUGCUUCUGUUUGAAGACCACACGCAGGACAGAGAAACGAGCAAAAGGAGGCAGGAAGCACGGAGAAGAAGAUGUCGAAGACGAAGGCGACGACGAUUACGCACAUGGACUUCCAUGGCGGAUCCAUCCCCUUCCCCUCCUCACUUCUCGUCCGCUCCUGCUUUCGCCGCGACGUACCGCUCGCUACACACUUCUUCCCUCUCCUCACCUCUGGCCGUCCGAUCGACCCAGCGAGCCCGACCACUACGACCGCUCCCUCCCCCGCCCCGGACCGGACAGGCGCGGCCUCCGCUUUCCUCCCUCACGCGCCGCACAUCGGCCGUCACUUCGAUGAGGACGAGCGAAAGCCGUUCGACGCCUCCUGCUCCCCUCGCCACCCCGAUAACACCCUCCGCCAGUUCUGACGCUGAGCGCCCCAUCUCGACCGCGAUGGUGCCCCCGCCCCUGUACCCCGCUUCCGAACCCCUCGAGCAGCUUCGGUUCUGCUCCUAUUGCUUGGGGUCUGAAUCGAGACGCACGACCCACCACCUCAAUGUGGUCCGCCGCGAGGCUUGCUGAGGCCAGCGCUGCUGAGAAGGUCACGUCAGGCCGGUGGCAGUCGAAGCCACCCGAGGUGAAGGUCAUCAGAUCCGACGAAAUUACGGACGGCCUGGAGCGUAGCCUUCGAGAGACAGUUCGGCUUGUGGAUGACACAGAUCGGAACCUUGAAAGAGAGGCCGAGAUCGGUGUAGUGAGCGGUCGCCUACGCGGAAGUGAGGGAGAGCACCGUAUUGGGAUCUUAUACAGAUAGGGCAAGGGAUCAGGCGAGGGCAAGAUCUCCAAUGUAUCCCGAGGUGAAGGAGGGGAACGCAGCGGGUUUCUCCAGCGAAGGGGCUCGGCCAGUUUCCAUUCUGGGCCUGUUUAAAGGCGAAUUAAUGGUUAUUGAUCGAUUCUUUAUCACGGAUCGAUGCAAGUGAGACUACAACCUUUGAAAUGGUUGCAGUCUGGUUGAUUGUGGGCUAAUCAAUUCUGGGGGAAAGUUGUGCUCAGAUAUUUGAAUCUGUUGGGCCUAACUAAUUCAGGGCAUGUUAUCUUA